AGGCGUAGGUUGGCUCAAGUUUGGCCCAGGGUUCCCGCAUUCGUGGUCUCUGCGUUUGGGCGUGGCGGGAGGCAUGGUAGCGCCGCCCGCCGUCGCGCGGACUUGUCUAUCUAUUUACGUUCCGCUUGCGAUGUCGUGGCUCCUGGCCAGCCUUGCGCGUGGCAGCGCGACUGGCGACAUCGAUGGGAUCAUCAAUGUCGCGAACAGCACCGCCAGCCGUAGCCUUGGCAGCCUGCUUGAGAGCGCGGAGGCACGUUGGUCCCGCGGCUGUCACGCACUUUGGGGGGCAGAGGUCACCCGAGUCUGGAUAAUACAAGAGGUCAUACCCUUGUUGAACUUGUUGGCGGACCUCCACCACUGGCGAGUUCAAUUCCAGGUUGACCUCACUGCGGGGUCAAUAUUCCAGUCUGAACUUGAAGUCGCCUCAAUUCCAGUUAACCCUCACUUCCAAGUCAAUAUUCAGACCGAUCUGAACAAAAUAGACUUCGAUCCUUUUGGGGGAAGUCCUGCUGUGAUCCACUGCGACCUAGUGGAUGAUGAUCAAGAUGCGAUCCACAUUCCCGUCGGAACUCUUGGUGGCAAGUGUUACGCCACUGUCGUUUUGUUUCUCUUGGCGAUAAUGGCCGCAAGAUUAUGGUUCUGGUAUUCAUCGAAAAUGUGGUUGGAUGUUCCCGUGUCGUUAUACUUCCUUAUGAAUGUGUGUGUGUGUGUGUCGCGUUCGUGCCGAGUGAAUGGUGCUGGGGCUGGACUACAUUCAUGAUCCGCCCCCCUGGCUCCGUGAACAGAGUCGAGGUACAGGGGGUUCGCAGCGGAGUCAAAGUGGACGACAUUAGGAGAUUCGCUCAUUCAUACUUGCAGGCGCACCAAUCUUAUAUCGUCUGUUCUGAUAACUGCCAGGCCUACGCUCAGGCAUUGGAAGGAUAUGUGCGGAACGGUGGACAACCACAGCUGCUCAAACAGACAUUUGUAAACAGCGUUGUCCCGCCAUUUCUGACUCGCCUGUUUGUGAUUGUCAGCCCGUUUUUGAUUGUCAGUAUGGUCACUACUGUUUAUCCGUAAGGUAGGUUCUAUGGUUCUCAUUAUGGUUGUGGAGCCGGAGGGGGAGAACGCCAAUACCAGGUCAUGCAUGUUUCACUAUCUGAGAGGCAUUGGCAGCCGUGUUGCAGUUUUUCAACUUGUCAUCAAUGUGGUCUCAGGUGUUAUGAUAAUUGCAAUGGGAGAUGUAAACCUGCUACCUGUCUGUGUCGCAUUGUUCAUGUUUGGGCUCUGGUUCGUGUGCAGUGACUUCUUCUUCGGUGCGCCACCGACGAAGAAGCAGGACAAUGGCACGUUCCAAGAGCCCCGCGUUCCGCCAAUGGCCGCGCAUCCAGAGGAGGAGGAGAAUAUCAUAUGCGUUGUCCGCGUUCCGCCAAUGGCCGCGCAUCCAGAUGAGGAGGAGAAUCUCAAGUGCGUUGUGAUGAGCAAAUCAAUGUUCUGGAUGGUUAACUUCUACGUGAUCGCGUAUCCCAUCGUGGCCGUCCUCUACUGCAGGCUGCCUGACGUCCGUGCGGACAUGCAUGGGCGGAAUCACAAGAUAAAGAUCAUGGAGUUCUUGCUGUCGCUUUUCUGGAGCGUGGCGUUCUCACACCUGCUGUACAAGUGCAUCGUGGAGAGGAUGAAGGAUGCGCAAGGCCAGGGAUACCAACCUAUCAUCGAUAUCAGCCGCCAGAGCUCUCGACCCACGGGGCGCGUUGCUUGGGGGCGCGCUGCUUGUACUGCCGAGUCGUUGCUGGACGGUCCCGGGGCCGAGCCGGUUGCGGCGCCUGGGCAGCCUUUGCAGUGGGCGCCGGACGAGACGGUUUGCGUCCCCGUCCGCCUGGCCGCCGCACGGGGUCCCAGACCCCUAGAGUGGGGAGCCUGGGCAGCCGUUGAGGCGUGGCCGCCAGCGGCGGCCCCGCCCAAUGCCGAGGUCUCUUCUCUGUCAAUGGCGGUCCUGUCCAAUCCCGUCCAGACGACCUGGGGGACCGCUUCUCCGUUGUUGGAGAUUGAGCAAGCUGCUGAGCGCUUUCGGCCGCCAGCGGCGGCCCCGUCCAAUGCCGAGGUCUCUUCUCCGUCAAUGGCGGUCCUGUCCAAUCCCGUCCAGGCGACCUGCUGGUGGGACCGCUUCUCCGUUGUUGGAGACUGAGCAAGCUGCUGAGCGUUUUCGGCCGCCAGCGGCGGCCCCGUCCAAUGCCGAGGUCUCUUCUCCGUCAAUGGCGGUCCUGUCCAAUCCUGUCCAGGCGACCUGGGGGACCGCUUCUCCGUUGGAGGAGACUGAGAGGACUUUUUGAUGAUCAAGCUGGGCGUUUUCGGUGAUUCUUAGGAGGCGUCCGUCAGAGGAGAGAAAGCCACCUCGACUCAGAGGAGGGGAAGGGUACCCAUACCGCUACCUUUCCCUCGUUUCCCCUUUUUGGGCCUCUUGGGAGGCCCUCGUCGCCACCGCUGGCUGGAUUCGUUUCGAAAUCCUGGUCAGAACACGCC